AUGAUGAUCAUCAAAACCAUAUGCAUGGGGUUUAGAGAGAGAGUACGUCUUGCUCGCAUCCCACUCUCCAAGUUUUCUUCAGACAGCUAUGAUAUAAGACCUACUAUAAGAGCUAAAGUUCAAGAUCUCAAGAAAGCUACACAAAAGAGACGACAACUGUUAUAUCGAGCUCCUAUGGCAGGGUUAAAUUUUGAAGUCACAUAUACUGACAACCAUGAUAUUCUGAAGAUAUUUGAAGCUGAAGGUGUUGAGUUCCUUUUAUCUUCUGAAGGGAAGGUACCUGCGUCAGAAUGCAAUGGGAAAGUCAUCUGCCUAUUUUUCAGUGCAAACUGGUGCAGGCCUUGCAGAGCUUUCACUCCCCAUCUUCUUGAACUGUAUGAAACACUGAGAAAGAGGGGAAUAAGUUUAGAGAUAAUCUUCAUCUCCUUUGACCGUGAUGGGGAUGGAUUUAAAGAACACUUCAAGAGCAUGCCAUGGCUAGCUGUCCCAUUUGACGUAAAUUUGCACAGAAGACUGAUUGACAGAUACAGAGUUGAUCGAAUCCCAUCAUUCAUUCCAUUAUGUUCAGAUGCCAUAACUAUCGAAGAGGACUUGAUUGGGUGCAUUGAGGAUUACGGUGCCGAUGCAUUUCCUUUCACAAGGAAGAGACACGAGGAAUUGAAAGCCAUGGACAAAAGGAAGAGUGAGGAAGCAAGCUUCGAAGAACUACUGGGACAUGUAGGACGCAACUUUCUCAUCUCUGGAGAUGAUAGAAAGGUGCCCAUUUCUGAAGUAGCUGGUAAGACCAUAGGCCUGUAUUUUUGUGCUUAUUGGUCUCCUCCUUGCUGUGCCUUCACUGUCCAACUUACAGAUGCAUACAACAAUCUCAAGGCUGCAAAAGGGGAAUGCUUUGAGAUUGUUCUAAUAUCAACAGAUAGGGACCUUGAUGAAUUCAAUGUUAACAGAAGUAGUAUGCCAUGGCUUGCUGUUCCAUAUGAGGACAGAACAAGGCAUGACCUUAGAAGAAUCUUUAAUAUAAAGGGAAUUCCUGCUUUGGUUCUCAUUGGACCAGAUGGCAAAGUCGUUAGUGUGAAUGGCAAGUUCAUGAUCUCCUCAUAUGGUGCAGAAGCUUUCCCAUUUACCGAAUCACGGAUAAGAGACCUAGAAGCAGCUCUCAGAAAGGAAGGAGAGGCUUUGCCUCAGCAGGUUGAGGAUGUCAAGCAUGAACAUGUGCUGAAAUUGGAUAUGGCCAAAGCAUAUGUAUGUGAUUCCUGUAGAAAGCAAGGGAAGUUCUGGACGUUCUCUUGUGAUGUAUGUGACUAUGACCUACACCCAAGUUGUCUAGAAAAAGCCAACUAG